AUGUCACGCCAGGCGCACUUCGACUCGAGGAUCAUGCGCAAGCUUCUCGGCAAGGCUGCGCCAGAUGCCAGCAGCGGCGACCUGGCCAGCAACCAAGGAACCAUCCCGACCAUCUUCCGGCCUUCCAAGUCGCAGAAUGCCGUCUAUCCUGUCGGCAGCCCGAUUGCCUGCCUCGACGUGACGCCCGACCACCGAGCCGCGGUGCUGGGCGGCCCUCACAUCCUCAAGACGGUCGUGUCGGACACAGCUGGCGACUCGAGCUUCAGCUUCAAGUUUACGGACGGCGUGGACGUCAGGGCGGCAAUCACGGCGCAGAAGUCGUCCGGCGCGGGAGGGAGCCUUGUUGCGGACCAGCUCAACAUUCGCGAUGUCAAGUGGCAAGGCGCGUCAACCAUCUUCACAGCUUGUGCGGCCGGGCGCAUCUUCGCCUACGACGUUGCCAGGCUGGGGUCCGGCGGCGCAUCGGAGCCCCUCGAGUACAUACAGAUGCAGGAGGACUCCCGGCAGGUGAAUAGUCUGGACGUGAACCCUCACCUCAAGAGCUGGGUGCUGUCCGGCAGCCAGGAUGGAGUUGUCCGGGUCUUUGACGUCUCUGCGCCCCUGCAGACCAGGGCAGGCUUCCUGACGUUCAGGCAGCGGUUCUCGCAGCUCAAGACCAACGACUCGGUCAGGCAGGUCAAGUGGUCGCCCAAGGUCGGACACGAGAUGGCCUGCUGCACGGAUUCGGGUGUGAUUAUGAAAUGGGACGUCAGGCAGGCGUCGCGGCCCCUGCUACGGAUCAAUGCGCAUGAAAAGUCGUGCUCUGCCAUUGCCUGGCAUGCAGACGGCGUCCACCUGAUGAGCGCUGGCUGGGAUGCCAAGCUGCACGUGUGGGACUUUGGGGCGACGGCAGACAAGCGGCAGAAGCCCAAAUGGAGCAUCACCACACCGGCUCCGGUGACCACCAUUGCCUGGCGGCCGGGUUUGUGGUCCGCAACUGCCCAGACCCGUCGUCUCGCCCAGGUGGCAGUGACUUACGACGAGACGAGCAAUCGAAGAUACGGCAGCUCUGUCGUGCAUAUCUGGGAUUUGGCUAGGCCGGCGAUGCCUUAUAAGGAGAUUGAGCGCUUCGACAGCUCGCCGUCGGCACUCUACUGGCUGGACCAGGACAUGCUCUGGACCGUGGGGCGGGACGGCAUGUUCAACCAGUGCGACGUUGCCUAUGCGCCCAAAGUCAUUGACCGGAUGUCAACCUCUGCCAUGGCCUUUUCAUCCCGGGGAGACGUGGUCAUGUUCCUUGACGAGAGGCCGCAACCACCGCGGCCGCACGCGUCUGUCAGCCAUGAUGCCGAGGUGAUUCCCCGAACACCAUUCAGCACAAGCCCCAACACCCCGAUGCUCAGCGUCAGCCGAAGCGACUCGGAAGAGGACGUUCUGGGCAGCUUCCUAGGACCGCGGAGGCGGACAGUCCGCAAACGACGCUUCAGCACCAGGUCCGGCUUGCCAAUGAGCACCACUCCGCCGUCCUUGCCCAACCUGUCAGAUGAUGGGAAGCAGGUUCUCGGCCUGGAGCAGUCAAUCAACGUCACUGGUAUCUUCAAGACCCAGCAGGGCAUGGCAUCCGGACAUGUUCCGUCCGCAAAGUCGGUGGGCGUGUACAAAUAUCUCUCAAGCAUAUAUCUAGAAACCCUUCAACGAGACCUACCCAGUGAUGGAGCCGACAAGAGGACGCUCAUCCAGCGUGUGGCGGGUAUCAUGGAACAGUAUGCCGUGGCAGCUGAGAAUGUCCGAUUGUUCCGACUGUCACAGACAUGGCGCAUCCUCGCUUAUGCGAUGUCACUGCUGCUGGAGAAGCGUGCCGAGUAUCAUCUACGGCUUCGAACAGCUCGGUUCCGCAAGAGGAGUCUCGACGAGGGUAAGGUGACCAUCAAGAAGACGCCCAGUCAUAUCCAUGUCAACCGUCUCGCCAAUGGCGAAGACACACCACGCAGACCGUCCGGCCAAGCAGGCAGCGUCGAUGGCCGCUUUUCAAUGGCGAGGUCGCUGUUGUCCGAAGAGAUCGAAAGCACUUCCAACGUGCCAACCCCGCUUGCGAGACCCGUGGGCGACGACGACACCGUAGAGUGGGAUGAGCGGCACUAUCUUCACGGGAAGAAAUUAACACCCAUUAUCGAACCUGAAAGCCUCAACUUGGGACCGUCUGCUCAUGGAUCUUACCGUCUGAGCCCACGCCAGCGUCACGACUCCGCCCCGAUCUCAGAGGUGAGCCAGGGCAGUGAAACGUCCAAGGUGUCCAUCACAGAGGGAUAUGACUUCUACGACAUGGAGGCUUUAUCACGGGCUAUUGAUGUGCCGAUGUCCAAGAAACCAUUCAGUGAUGCUCAGCCGCCUCAUCGAGUAAAAGCCACAAGGCACGAUUCGACCGACAGCUUUGCUCAAGUGUUCUCCUCCGAUAGUGAUAUUACUUCACCUAGGAGGGACUCGUCCAAUGCCCCGAGCUCUUUGAAGCCCGACUCACUGCGAAUCUCGGCAAUUGGCAAUCAAAUUGGUGCCGAGUUUGCCAGUCUGGCUCACGAGGAUGGCGAGCCGCAGUCGCCGACACAAACUAAGAAGCCGUCGACUGGAUCUGAGCCGCUUGCUCGGGUAGACUCUCCGGAAGAAGAAGUCUUCAUGAUCUCUCAAACGACUGCUGUCACGGACGAGACAUACCCUUCCCAGGUGUCUUUUGCUUCGCAGACCGAUUCCGAUGUCCACCAGGGGUUUGCCGGCCACCACCCGACUCCUUCCAACGACAUCCUGAUGGCUCGACUGCCCAGCCCAGCCCCUGUGGCGACGGCUCCCGAGUACGACCCAAGCCCUCAUAUUGUCGUGACUGACUACUUUCCCUGGCCGGGUGACCCCCCUUACCCCUUCCCUACAGAGGCGUCGGAAUUAAAAACCUUCAAGACCACCACUAUACCUGCAUGUCCGCUUAACCCUUACUCUCUUUUAACGCGGGCGCUGGAAUUCGAGUCACGGACUUCGGCGCUCAAUGCCUCGGCCAUGGUGCUCCUGCUCAAGCCCCUGGUCCCCGAAACCGUCAUUGACACCUUUCAAGCAACUGCUGUCCUGCGACAGCACCACUCCCGUCUCAUGGGAAUGAGCCUCUUCGUGGAGGCCGCGCUCCUGCGCAACUUGGCCAUCAAAGGCUGGCCUGCUGGGCUGCCCAACUGGGGCGAGAAUUACACCUCUCUGUUCACACCGGCCCAGCAAGGCGUCAAAGCAGGCUUCAUGUGCUCCAACUGCCGCAAGCCUCGAGAAAUCGACCGCAGCAGCGGUGACGCUGCCCUUUGGACGUGUGAAAGGUGCCGCCAGCCGGUGAGCCCUUGUGCAGUAUGCGGACAUCGAGAUGCCGAGAUCGCCAGCUCGCUGCCUACCGAAGUCGUUGACAUCCCCAGCAUAGAAACGUGGAUGACGGAAUGGUGGUACUGUCCCAGCUGCUGCCACGGCGGCCACGCCUCGUGCAUGCAGACCUGGCACGCGGCUCUCGGACCCGCUGAGGUGUCCUCCUCAUCGACCGUCUACAGCGACGGAUGCUGUCCCGUCGACGGCUGCGGCCAUGCCUGCCUCCCUGGGAAAUACAGGGGCGAAACGGCGGCCGCCAGGGCGGAAGAGCUCGGUCGGGCCGCCGCCGUGGACAGCGGGCGGAUGCGGGAGGAGUUCUCGCGGACGAGCACCAGCAGGAGGUCCAGUCCAGGGCGCACCGGGCCGAGCAGCAUGAGCGUCGACCGCAGCAUCAAGAGCGAUGCGAACGAGGUGCCGCAGAGCAAAGCCGUCGGCAUGGCGAGGGAGGCACUGAACAAGAGCGGCGGCGGAGGCAUUCUCAGCUCGAGUCCGGGACGGGCGACCAUGACGGGGGAGAGGGAACGGAGGAAGAGUGUCAAGUUUGCGAGAACGUAG